UAUGGGGAAAAAUGCUUCGUUCUUCGCCACAAAAUACCUCAGCCGCUACUCGGCCACAGCCGAAAUUGCGUAGUGCCUGCAAUCAAUGCUGCGCAGCCAAGGUCAAAUGCAGCGGCGAUCGGACCGGUUGCGAGCGGUGCGUGAACAUGGGCACAGCUUGUGUCUAUCAGGAGUCGAGAGUCGGGAAAGUGCCUGGUAUUCGAGCAAAGAGAAGAAGAAUUCAAAGCGAGAGUGAACCGCCUGAAGCAUUACAAGUGGAAUCUGAAGGACUGCAGGCGCCUACGCAGAUUGCUACCAUACCCGACCUUGACGAUCAGGCAUGUCACUGGACAGUGACCUCGCAACUCAACUCAUCUGAAACAACCAGUGACAAUUUCAUCGAAUUGGUCAACAGCACAUCUGCGUCGUCGUCGUCGUCGUCGUCGUCUUCUAUGGAUAGUCUGCCUGCCGUGUCCGAAGCCGACUUAAUCGGUACCCUCAAUUUUGAUAUGGAAGGCAUUUGGGAUUCUCCAUCACACAUGCCUCCAGUGGUGAUGUCCCCACGGGCGGCUCCACCUGCCAGAUCAGCAGAUGAGCCGCAAGCUCCCACGUCCCGGCAGGAGUGGGUAGUCAAGAACGAGACAGACAUGGAAUGCGUCGUGCAGUGCUGCCACCUCAUUAGUGACCUCGAAAGCUACAUUGCGGCCGACCUGGAGGUAUUUUUGAUACUGUUCCCCAUCAUCAAGAAAGGGAAUGAGAGGUUGAGCGAACUCAUUAGCGCCCAACAGGCCUCACGAAAUCUGAGAUGCCUGAUGCUAUUCUGCACAAUCUGUUACCAACUCAUCGCACUGCUGAACGCUUGCCACAGGAUCAUGACGGCGCCGGAUGGCCUGAGACGCACUACCCUUCAUAUCCCGGGCGGCGGUCUUGGGUUCAGCGGAUUUGGGUACGACCGAGAGGACGAGCUGGCGUGGAAAGCGCAAAGGGUGUUGAGAGAAACACAUCAAGGCUACGAGGCUGUCAAGAAGAUCAAGCUCCUGGCGGGCAUUGGUCCGGAUCACACAACAGCUGUUGCUACACCGGGCUCCAUGGAGCGCCGAAACUGUUUCGAAGACAUUGAGCAUCGAUUCAACGAGAUUGCCACCUUGUUGAAGAGCUUAUAG